AUGGCUGGUUCAUUCAAAAAGUGUAUGAUGCUCUGUUGCACGGGCAAGACUGUCUCGAAGGAAGAGAUGGCAGGAGAAUCAUUCGGCGAAGCAAUCGCAAGACUGACCAAGCUUCUCAGUGAAAAGGCUGAACUCGGCGACGUCGCCACCUUAAAGAUCUCGCAGCUGACGGCGGAGCUUGAGGCUGCCGGUGCGAAGCGGUGUGUCCCGGAGGAGAGGAUCAAAACGGGCUUCAUCACCUUUAGGAAUGAGAAAUUUUUGAGAAAUCCUAGUCUCUAUGCCGACCUUGCCAAAGGCCAAAGCCCAAAGUUUAUGGUAUUUGCAUGCUCGGACUCGAGAGUUUGUCCAUCCCAUAUUCUGGAUUUCCAACCUGGCGAAGCCUUUAUGGUCCGAAACAUUGCCAACAUGGUUCCACCGUAUGACAAGACGAAGUAUUCAGGAGCUGGGGCAGCCAUUGAAUAUGCAGUCACGCAUUUAAAGGUGGAGAAUAUUGUUGUUAUUGGACAUAGUUGCUGUGGAGGUAUAAAGGGGCUCAUGUCUAUCCCAGAUGAUGGGUCCACUGCAAGUGAAUUCAUAGAGCAAUGGGUCCAAAUAUGUACACCAGCAAGGUCCAAGACUAAAACAAGUGAAUUAAGCUUCGAAGAGCAGUGCACUAACUGUGAGAAGGAAGCUGUGAAUGUGUCACUUGGGAAUCUGUUAAGUUAUCCUUUUGUUAGAGCUGGUGUGGUGAACAAAAGUCUAGUUUUGAAAGGAGCACAUUAUGAUUUUGUUAAGGGCACUUUUGAGCUAUGGGAUUUGAACUACAAGCUUAUGCCCUCUAUAUCUAUUUAAGAUUUGUCUCUUCAGCAGCACAUCAUUGCAAACCUGCAUUAUAUCUAAACUUUUGCUGAGGGUUCCCAUAGAAAAGAUUCAGACAUUCAGAAAGAAUAAUGGUCUGUGAGGUAGUAGUAGUAGUAACAACUAGUAAACUAGUUUUGAUUUCCAACAAAGUACCAUUCUCAUCAUCUCUGUUAUGAAUAAAUAAUACAUUACUUUUAUUUAUUUUCAUUUUGGCUGAUGUAUCAAUCACUUCAUGCACCUAAUUAUAUAUCAGUUAUGCCUUCCUA